AUGCGCGACAGGCUUUCAGAGCGACUAAGGACACAAUCCGAAAACCUACGACUUCUCACUUGUGACUCGUGCUGCUCAUGGACCGGUUGUCUUCGUUCCUCUUCUCCCCACCCGAAAGACAAGCGAGAUGUCUACUACCGCCUAGCCAAGGAGAAUGGCUGGCGCGCCCGCAGUGCCUUCAAGCUGUUACAACUUGACGAGGAAUUCCGGCUCUUCCAAGGCCUGACGCGGGCGGUUGACCUGUGUGCGGCCCCAGGCAGCUGGAGCCAAGUGCUGAGCCAGAAGAUUGGGGGCCAGGGUUCUGGCCAUGUGGUGACUGUGGACCUUCAGGCAAUGGCUCCACUACCAGGCGUGUUACAGAUCCAGGGGGAUAUCACCCAGCUGUCCACUGCCAAAGAGAUCAUCCAGCACUUUGAAGACUGCCCCGCGGAUCUAGUGCUGUGUGACGGGGCUGCUGAUGUAACCGGCCUCCACGAUGUUGAUGAGUACAUGCAGGCCCAGCCCCUCCUAGCUGCUCUGAACCUUGCUACCUACCUCUUGAAGCCAGGGGGCUGCUUUGUGGCCAAGAUCUUCCAAGGCCAGGAUGUGACACUGAUCUACAGCCAGCUGCGUGUCUUCUGCUCCAGCGUGCUAUGUGCCAAGCCCAGGAGCGGCCGGAAUUCCAGCAUCGAGGCCUUUGCUGUCUGUAAGGAUUACGACCCCCCUGAGGGCUUCUUGCCGGACCUGACCAAACCCUUGCUGGAUCACUCUUACAGUUUCAACCAGUUGGAUGGCCCCAGUCACAUCAUUGUGCCAUUUGUGACCUCUGGGGCCCUGAGCACCUAUGAUUCAGACCGCAGUUACCCACUGGACCUAGAGGAGGGCUCAGAAUACAAGUACACUCCACCCAGGCAGCCCCCAAUCUCACCACCCUACCAGGAGGCCUGCACAUUGAAGAAGAAAGGGAAGCUCGCCAUGGAGAUCCGCCCCCAGGACUGCCCCAUGAGUACAGCGGACGGGUUGCCCCAGUCCCUGGCUGCUCCACAGCGCAAGACCCUUCAGCCCUCUGAGGUGGAAGACAGUGGAGUAAAUUAUUUGUUUUAACAUGUUAAGUUAGCUGCCAGUCUGAUAAGGACUGGGAAGCUGAUUGCAGUCAGAAAAACCAGAACUUGAGUUGAUGAACUUGUUUUCAAGUAUCUCCUCAACGGUUCUGAACAUAUAAGCUCCAAGUGGGAACCAUGAAUAGGAGGAAAGAAACAUCUUGGAAUGUCCAUCUUCACUACAGAGGGGAUUCUUAAGUGGGGGUCUUGCUUCUCUAAAUCUUUCCAGCCAUGGGUCCCAAAUAUGUCCAGAACUCACCCUGAAAGCAGGGCUUCUUAACCAUGGGUAGAACGCAGGGGUAUCUGUGAACUUGAUGGAGGGAAAUAUUACAUCUUUAUUUUUCACUAACUGAAAUUUUAGCUUUACUCCAGAAUCUGAAUGCUGGCAGCAAAUCAGUAUUGUAAAAUUACUUUUACAAUAGUAAAAGCAGUGUCUGCAACUUUUCCACCAACAGAGAUCACAGUUACUUGUUUAGUGUUAUGUUGUAGUUGUUGCAGACAUCUUGAAAUACUGUUCACUUUGGUCACUACUUUGAAUAAGAUCGUUUUUUUUGA